CUCGAGCUUUAUUAGGAGUCCAAAUGAAUUUCUCCAAAUGUAGUCUCGCUCACGCGCAGAGUUGACAGRUGAAUCGGUGGUGAUUGAUGCCAGGCAGAAGAUGCCUCUCCCCUGUCGUGUUCCACAGAGUGAACGCUGUUAUGCAAAACACAAAUUUGUUUAUUUUUUUUUAAAACGCCUUUCGAGUCCGUCAAGCACUGUUCCGGAUAACUUUCGAGGGUUUACAAAAGCUGGGAAAGAUGGUGCUGAAUUAAAGCUAAGAUCGUGGAAUAAUUAAAAAAAAAAACAUUUUAUGUCUCCCCAACCCUCCCUGUUUCAGACCUCCUCGUGAGCUUUGUAAUGUAGCCGCUCCUGCAGUUGCUCUCCGUUGGCGCGCUCGCCUGAUGCGCAGCGCCUCCUCCAACUGCUCCUUUCACUUUGACAAAUUCUUGGACGUGAGCGGGUCUGCUGAAGGACUUUGUGCUCGCGAAGAUGAUCCGCUGAAUGUGUCUUGACUUCGAACAGCUCUAUAUCUUUUUUUUUGCUUUCCACUCCUAAACUGAGCUUGGGUGCGCACAAUGGUACUUUGGACAUUUUGGAGCGUUUUGCUUUUGUCUUGCGUCCCUUUUCACUCCAAGUCAGGGGCUCAAGCGGAGAUAACUUUAUCCAGAUCAAUCAACAGAUUUUGUCAUCUGAACGUGGCUCCGCUCGAGGCACGUUUUGCCAAAAAACCAACGGGGACCAAAGUUGCGCGCAAAGCAGAAAACAGAGAUGAAGUUUCAAACAGGUUCGGAACGGAGGCAGCAGCCACUUUAAAGCCGAGCUGUUCCCUGCAAGUGAAGAAUAAAACAGUGAGCAGAAAAGAGACACCGGUCAAAGCAAACUAUUCCAACGACCUCGAAAUACCUGAUAAAAAGUGUGGSAACAUCACAGCGGAGCGAGCCGAAGCGACCAGAACGCCAGAACGCACAUUUUCUGUCAGAAGGAAGAGGGCGAAAAGAAGCGUGGGCUCAGCGUACAACGACAACGUGGAUAGGAGUUUAAGUGGAGAGGCGCAGUCACCUGAGAGGUCCGUGGAAAGUGUCCAAGGCGCUCCCAAGUCGAGAACCGAGUACCGGCGCUCAGGGGAUGAAGCCCGAGGGUCAAGCCCGAGGCAAAGUGAGCCUCACCUGGACACCUCGACUUUUGCCUUGUCGGGAGACUCGGCGCACAACCAGGCGAUGGUGCAYUGGUCYGGCCACAACAGCAGUGUGAUCCUGAUCUUGACUAAGCUGUAUGACUUCAACCUUGGUGCCGCUACCGAAAGCUCGCUCUGGAGGUCCACUGAUUAUGGCAGCACCUACACCAAACUCAAUGACAAAGUGGGUUCAAGGACAGUUUUAAGCUACCUCUAUGUCUGCCCUACCAACAAGCAGAAGAUAAUGAUGCUUAGUGACCCAGAGGUAGAGAGUGCUGUUCUCAUCAGUUCGGAUGAAGGGGCCAGCUUCGAGAAAUAUCCCAUUAACUUCAACGUCCUGAGCCUCCUCUUCCACCCAGCACAGGAGAACUGGAUUCUGGCUUACAGUCAUGACAACAAGGUAUACAGUUCUAUGGAUUUUGGGAGGAAAUGGCAGCUUGUUCAUGAUAACGUGAUGCCAGGCAGAUUUUAUUGGGCSGUAAUGGGGCUGGACAGAGAAUCAGAUGUGGUCCACAUUGAGACACGCAUCGCAAAAGGCCGUGCUCAGUAUGUAAAGUGCAGAGCCCAAAGAUGCACAGAGGGCAACAGACAGUACCUCUUUCCUGGACAUGUAGACACCAACUCCCUCGUUGUACAGGAUGAAUAUGUUUUUACACAGGUAACCAAGUCAGGACGAGCCACUUACUUUGUCUCGUAUAUGAGAGAACCUUUCAAGCAGAUGCAAUUACCAAAAUACUGUCUGCCUAAGGACAUGCAUAUCAUCAGCACAGAUGAGAAGCAGGUAUUCGCUGCCGUCCAAGAGUGGAAUCAGAACAACACUUACAGCCUGUAUAUCUCCGACUCCCCCGGGGUCUACUUUAUCCUUUCAUUAGAGAAUCUGAGAACCAGCAGAGGGCCCGCUGGUAACCUACUGGUUGACUUUUAUAAGGUAGAAGGGAUAAAUGGCAUGUAUUUUGCCAACAAACUGGUGGAUAAUCAUAUUAAGACUUUCAUCACUUACAACAAGGGACAAACCUGGGCCCUACUGCCAGCACCUGCCUCUGAUGUGGCUGGAAACAACCUGCACUGCAUACUGCCAUUUUGUUCGCUGCAUCUUCAUCUGGAAAUGUCAGAGACUCCCUACGCGUCCGGACCCAUCACCAGCAAAAAGUCGGUGCCAGGAAUCAUCGUGGCAACAGGAAAUAUUGGAACUGAGCUGUCCUCCAGCAACCUUGGGAUGUUUAUGACAUCUGAUGCAGGAAACAGCUGGAGACAGAUUUUUGAUGAAGAAUACAACGUUUGGUUCCUAGAUAACGGCGGGGCUUUGCUCGCCGUUCUCCAUGCACCGACCCCGAUCCGACACCUAUGGAUCAGUCUUGAUGAGGGGAAAAAAUGGGAUCGCCACAGCUUCUCCUUGGCACCUCUGUUUGUGGACGGAGUUUUAAUGGAGCCAGAAUCUGACAAUCACAUUAUCACUUUCUUUGGACACUUCAGCCAUCGGUCAGAAUGGCAGCUGAUCAAGAUUGACUACAUGGGUCUCUUCAGCCGGAGAUGCAUGGAUGGAGAUUAUCAGACAUGGCAUCUGCACAACAAGGGAGAGCUGUGUGUGAUGGGUGAGAAGCAGAUCUAUAUGAAGCGCAGGCCUGGCAACCGCUGCAUGUUGGCUCAAGACUAUUCCAGGCUCUACUCAUCAGAGCCGUGUCUCUGCACAGCUUAUGAUUUUGAAUGUGAUUAUGGGUGGGAACGCCAGGCGGAUGGGAAGUGCUCUCCUGCUUUCUGGUUUAAUCCAAAUGGUGCGGCUAAAAGCUGCAGCUCCAGCCAAAGCUUUCUUAACAGCACCGGGUAUCGUAAGGUUUUAUCCAAUAACUGUAAGGAGAGAGGAUGGAAUGUGUUCUCGCCCAAGAGGGUCGCGUGUCGCCCCAGAGCGCCCCAAGGCCUCCGACUGUCCACCAGCAGCGGAGAGCUCAGCGCCACCGUCGGAAGCAACGUUACUUUCAUGAUCUACCUCACUCAUGGAGACUCGCCGAGCACCAGCAUCCAGUUAGACUUCGGGGACGGCAUCAAGAUCACGUACUCCAACCUGAGCAGGACCGAUGAUGGCAUCAAGCACAUCUACAGGAUGACUGGGAUUUACCGAGUGACAGCUUCUGCCGACAACAGCCAGGGAUCUGACAGCAGCACGCUUUUUCUACACAUCACCAGUCCAGUGGAGCGCAUAUAUCUGUCCGUGCCUAUUGUAGCCGUCAGAGGGAAAGCGGCUAAUCUGACGGUGGUAGUUUGGCCGAGCCACACCAGAACUCUGACCUUCUUCUGGUGGUUUGACAACAGCUCCGAGCCCAUUAUAACUUUGGAAGGAAGCAUCUCCCACAUGUUUCACAAGGAGGGAACAAACAAGGUCACGGUCCAGGUUGCCUGUGGAAGCACCGUGAUGCAGGACUCAAAAGUUAUAACUGUUAAAGAGUUCUUCAGGUCGCUGCUGUUGUCGUUUUCACCGGCUCUUGACGAGCACAACCCUGACAUCCCCGAGUGGAGGGAGGACAUAGGCCGUGUGGUGCGGACAGCUCUGUCACAGGUUUCUGGCGUUCCUGAAGAUCAGCUGCUCGUGUCUCUCUACCCGGGACUUCCAACUACAGCCGAGCUCUUUGUCCUGCCUGAUGAGCAGACGUCAAAUGAGCACAAAAAAAGGAGCGAGGAGGCGUUGGAUACAAUAUCAGACAUUUUUGCCACUGCGCUGAACCAAGGCCUCAUCCAGUUUGAGCUGAAAACCAAUGUUCGCAUUAUUGUGUACAUGACUCAGCAAACUUUGGCGCCACUCGUGGACGCCAACUCCAUCCACAGCGGGUCGGCCAUGCUGAUGCUGCUCAGCGUGGUAAUUGUCGGUUUAGCUGCUUUCUUCAUCUACAAAUUCAAAAGAAAAAUCCCGUGGAUUCAUGUGGAGACUGAGGACCCCCAUGAGAAGGAUCCGGAGGUGAUAAGCACAGUAGGUCAGAAUGAUGGCAUGUCCAAGGUCAAGCUAAGCGAGUUUCCAUCUCAGAAAGAACUGAUGGAAAAGGAGCUGGAGGGAAGGAACAGGGGAGGAUUUGGAAGAAAUAUGGAGAGAAUUGUCACAAGGGAAUUCCCAAACUGUACUAAUGUCUGAGACACGAGCGCUGUUGCUGACCACCAUUGUUCCAAGUCCUUUUUAAUUCACAUGGAUCAGCUAAGUGGUUUCCAGUAUCUGUGUGUGUGAACUUCACUGACGAGGACCUGCUGUUUUAAAGGACUGCUGCCAUAGAUGAUAAGUUUUGAACACUGACACAAUCCAAUUUUGAAAACAUUUUACUUCUUUUCUAYACAGAUAGUAGACAGCAAAAUAAAACAUGUCUAAUGGUUGAGUAAAAUUCUAUGAAUGUACGGAUUUAUACAAGAGGAAUGUGUAGGAUAUAUCUUAUUUAGUAAUAUAAGUCUGAAUAUAGAUAUCUGGUCCUAAUAGUGGACAGGCCUUGAAAAAAAUACUUUGUUUUGACUUCUAGUGUUUCCUUUAUCACACAAAUUGAAUCAGACUGUAAAAUUGUUUCUGUGUAAUUCUUUUUUUGCUUAUGUUUCUUUUUAGUACACCCUGAGUGUACUCAAAAAGCCUCCAUGACAUAGAGAUGUGAUUAAUACCUAAUGUGAAAAAUGUCUAAAUUUUGGUAUCCUGGAGCUUAUAUUCUGGUUUUUUAUUUUCAAUAAAAUGUGUUUGGUUUAUAGACAUAAUUCAAAUGUGUAAAAAUGUGCAAAUCUGACUGUUUUGGAUGCCUAAAGAAGAGAAACAUGUUGGGGUUUUGGUCUGUAAGAUAACUUUAAUGACUGUUUCUCAAAYGAUGAAGGUCUGGCUUAAUGAAUGUUGAUAAGUUGUACAUACAAAAAGGAAUAUUCAACUUUGUUGUAAAAAGUCACCGAGCAGGAAAGUCUUGUGUUUCCAUCACAUUCAGUCCCACAACAAGCUGUAUAACUUUGUUUACUUUUUUUUUUUUUUUACAAUAGCAUGCCCUAAUUAUCUGUGAUCAAAGACUAUAUUGGGGUAUGUGAGAACUGUACACACAUAUAUAUAUAUUUAUGGUGAUUUUAAAGUUUACUUGACACAUWAAACAAAUAAUUAAACACAUUGUCCAAUGGUCUAGUUGUGCAGUCGCUCAAAAGUUAUGCAUGAUCUGAUCUACAGUAUUGUACCCUCUUUGUCAAUGAUCUUGUUUUAAACCAUAUUUCUUACUGUGAGCAAGUUACCAUUCUGAAAUUGUUCCAAAUAAAUGUAUUUUUCUAUGA